UUCGACUCCAGGAGAUACAGCACAGGCUGCUUCAUCUGGUGGAACAAACACAGAUCAAGCUCAAGGUCAAGAUGCUCAAGGCCAAGAUGCUCAAGGUCAAGAGCAAGACGCUUCAUCUGCGGAUGAGGUCAAGGAGAUUCGGCCAGAGUCUAUAGUGCGUACAUCAGCAGCUUUGACCAAGGCAGAGCUAGACGAACAGGUGGAGUACCAGAGACGUUUCGAGGAAUACGCGGAGAGCGUGUAUAGAGGUGUGAUCAUUAAGGGCACCGUGUUAGCCGGAGAGCUUGUAUAGAGGUGUGAUCAUUAAAAGGGCACCGUUUUAGCCCGUUAUUUCACCAUCUCGCACAGCAUCUGGCAGAAGCCCGUUUCAUCGACGUACACUUGAAACGGAGUAAAAGAAAGAUUAAGAUGUUCUAAAACAAGGUUCUACUUGAAGGGGAGUAAAAGAAAAAUGUUAACGCUUCCUCUAAGAACACUCCCUUUGGCGCUCCACGACCAAUGCUGGGCGAUAGACCAGAUGUAGACGACUUGUUGGACCACAGAGAUCAAGGAAGCGCUUCGUUAUGCUCAUAGAAAACUUCUUAAACUGAGUAGUUUUAGCAGAUAGGAUGAAUGGUGCUGGUAUUUGGUAACCUGAUUUUGAUCAUGAGGAAAACAAGAAGGGAAUCGCCGCGUUCGGCACCUCUAAUUUUGGAACCCGAAGGAGAUGAGGAAGUCCUGGACACGCCGCGUUCGGUAGCCGAGGAAGUCAGGGGAUUACCGAGGAUGCCAAAAUUUAUGAAUAUUAACAGAUGACCAACCAUGUUGAAAAUAUCAUAGAAAUACUGUCAGACCACGUCUCUACGGUCAUCAUGCACGAUGGUAACAGAGACAACAGCACGCAUGACGACAUGAAUAACAGAUGACGAAGGACUCGAAUACUCAAAAUAUGCAAGUAGUAACAAAAACGAAAAUGGUUAUUUCAGUUUUUCGCGUGGAUAGAAAUAGUUGCGCUAUCAGAUAGUCUAGCACGCUGCCCGUGUCCUUGAUGUGGCAGUCUGCACUGAACUUUGUGCGAGAUUUCUUCGUCUGCUGCUGCUGCCUUGGACUGAUAGCAUAGCCCUGAUGGACCUGACCGACAUUUCUUUUACAACACGUGUACUAUUGUACUAUUGUACUCACAACCACAUCAACCACAACCUCUAAGAGAAGCAUGAAGGCAGAGUACAAGCGCCUGAUGAAGUUCAGGGUAAAGACGGACCGUGAUGCUUUCCGCCGAGAGACGCUUCUCGCGUGCUUCCGAACUAAAAUUCAGCGCUUUGCUAUGAUGAAAGGAAAAAUCAUAAUUCAUAGCCGAGAAGUAGUGGAAGCAUAGUAGUUGUCGUAGUUUUAAGCAUCGAACAGAAAGCAUAGUAGGAGUACUCAUACAACUUCUCAAGUCUGAAGAAUCUUAAAAAAAUACUACUCAAUCUCAAUCUCAAGCAUAGCAAACAUCAUGAUAGACAUAGAAUUGAACAUGGAAUGGAAAAUUUUAGAAAGCAUAGGCAUAGCGUGAAAACUUUAGACAGCACAGCUUCUCGUCAAGUCUGACGAAUCAAUCUUAAAAACAUGUUACUCAACAUACAACUCAAGAAAAGCAAAAGUAGCGGCAGAUUCGGUUGUCUAGCUAGAUGAAAUUGAAUCUGCUACACACAUAUUCAUAAGUAGCUCCUUCGAUGUUAAGUAUGACUAUGAGCGCACUUUCUUUCCUAUUCUAUUCUAUCCUAUCUCAUGAUCUGUGCUUGUGUUAGUCAUUUUGGUGGUUCGAUCCUUGUUGGUCAUUUUGGUGAUAUGAAAGUAAGAGAGUAAACAACUUUUUUAGUAGUUUCUUUCAUUCUUUCAUAGGUGUAGUUCAGUACUAUGAAAGUAUGAGAGAGUACAACUAAGCAACUCCAACUUUAUUUUUAGUACUAAAUAACUUUCUUCAAACUUUCACUUUGUUACAACUUCGUACUUUAGAGUACUAACAACCAGUUGCUUUCAUCCUUGAGGAAUGGAAGAGACGGACACAGGAUGCAGAGCAAGGUCCUCUAGCAGAACAAGCGGGAGGUGAGGCAAGAACAUCUAUCGCCAGUAGGACCAGCAGAGCAGAAUCGGCAAGACCUGACGCAGAUGCGUAUCAUUAAGGCUCCACAAAACAACCCUGAUAUACAGUGACUAGGAUCUAAAUCGUUACGUAGGCUCCACGUGAGAGAUGAGUAUCAUUAAGGCUCCCCAAAACCCUAUAGAUACAGAAUAACUAAAAACUAGUAUCGUUAAGGCUCCACGUGGACGGGAGAGAUGAGUAUCAUUAAGGCUCCCCAAAACCCUAUAAUUCGACGAAAUGAAUCUUAAAAAAAAAAGAACGACUACGUUGCUCUUUUUUUGGUGUCUCUAUUCUAAUUCUAAGUAGUUACUUGGUUAUGUCAGUUUCUCGAAUACACAGACUACUUUGGUCCAUGAUUACGCCUUCUAUAGAAGAUGUACUGGUCUGUUCGGCCAAUUAUCUUCAAGGAUCAUCCCGUUAAAGUACUUCUUCGUUGGUAGUACUUGGCGGAUAACUCUUGGGCUGUUGUAUUGAGGCCAGUCCUUGCGGGGCGAGUAUUUUAACGGGAUCUUCUAUUGUUUCAUGGGAUGUAUUCUUUUUUAACUUAUAUGGGUACGUAGGCAUAGCGGAGUACACAGAUACGGAGCUGAAGAGCCAGUUGCUGGACUACAUCUAGACUUCAAGCACUACAGGGUUAGUAGUCUAAUGUGCUUUCAACUUAAGAGUAGCGCUAAUAGUAUCAUGUGCGGCAAUGUGUAAAGUUUUUGCGGAUGAGGCACCGGAAUCUGAAAGCGCGUCCUUUAUGGCAGCGACCGAGAAAGCAUCUUCUCCCUAGAACUACACCAUGAUCUUCCUUGGCGCCUUUUUCCUCCCAGGAGAAAGACAAGGCUCCAUCAUGGUGGCUCCAAGGACAUGUUGACGCUCUAAUCGCUGCCACGAGAAGCUUGAGUCUCCUAGAUUAUAAUCCGAUACUAUUCGCAGAAGACUGCAUAUACACGCAAAUCGAGGUCAUGCUAAGAGUAUAUGAAGUAUAUGACGCCCUCGAAGUCGAAGAGGCGAAUGGCCACGACAACUUGAUCCAAUUAAGGCUACAAGCAAUCCAUGGCCCUAGACUACACGACCGAGAUUCCAUUUUCCCCCGUGACUACAUUUUCUGGGUCCUUCUGAAAAGCUUCCUCCCACCAAUUCGAGAAGGAAACGGAAAGAGUUCCAAGAUCGAUGGGAACAUCAAUCCGAAGUAGAUGUGAUCAUCAAUCCGAGAAUCUCUUAGAGUGGAUUAGAGCAAUCUCUUUUCUCUUUCUAACUCGAGAAGAAGUGUUGAGGGCGGAAGGAGGUCAAAUUCGCGUUGUUGAGCGCCUGCGUGGUCGUAGGUCAGAGCCAUUGCCAACAGCUUUGUUGGCACCUCCGUCACUUCUGUGGGAACCUCAAGCGCAACAACCUAGUGUCUACUCGAGCUCUUCUGAGGAUUAAGAAAGCUUCUUAUUCAUCUUUCAUUUAGGUUCAGCCAGUACUAUCGCAUUAUAUUCUACUGGAGUAGACCACAGAGACACUGUUGUUUCAUAUACUAGGCCACACUGUUCAUUAUUCAUCCAUCUCGUGGCUACUAGUUGCACCGUUACCUAUUUGAUAACCCAUCAUCUUCAUCUUGGUCAUAUUCGAGAGGCAGGAGCAUCUUGACUUGCAGGAUUGAUCCAUCUUUAUUGUAGCUUUAGCCAGCAUACUACUCCGAAGGUAAAUAUGUAAAUCACUACAUGAUGACGGGUCAUUACAACAUGAACAGGAGGAUGUACACGUACUCUAGUAGCAGCUCUAAAAAGAAGAGGAUGCCUUGUCGGUGUACGAGGAAAUGGUAGAAAGACAAGCAGCCGAAGAUGGACGGAAAGCAGCCGAUCCACAUUAAGGCUUGACCUUGAAGAUACAAUUUCAAUUCAUUUCAAAAGCAAAAAUGACUAGUAUCUUCCUUCUUCAUCUGUACGACCCCCUCUUGUCCCUAUAUCUUCUCUUGUGGGUCUCAUAACGGUUUUGCGCGGAUGCAGUGUUACGCUUACUAAAGUAAUCUUCUCCUAACGCAUACUACUUCCUCCUUCUGUACCUGUGGUUUCCUUCUUUUUACGAAAGUCGUGAGAAAAAGAAAAUUAUCAAAAUGCAAGAAUACAUGAAUUAUUUGAGCCCUUCUCUAAUCCCAAGAUGCUGACGAAGGAGGCCUCCUCGCUUGGCUCCAGAGUUUUGACUAUGGGCAGCCAGCGCCUUCCCCAAUGCACACCCAUGUCGACGGGUACGACAUUGCCACGUGGGCCAAGGCUGCUAUCGAGGCAAACGCCAUAGAGGAUUCAGUUACGGCACAGUAGAUCUACUUGUUUUUGUUCUCAUCUUCCCAAGCAUCAAGGGAAAGCCGGCAUCAAGAUCAUAUUUAAUAUAGCAAGCGUCUUCUCGUUCCCGUUGGCUUCUCAAGGGUGGGAAAGCUGACAUCAACAAGAUGCUCAGGAGCAAGAUUGAUUUACAUUUACUUUCCCGUCUUAUAUUUAACUUGAAUACAACAAAAGAGACCUCUAUUUCUCACGCUUACUUCUACGUUACUCAAGGUCUACCUCUAAGUCACGAGAGUUUUCCGCAGCCGAAGGGGAGUCUGAG